ACAACAUACCAAUAUGGACGCCUAAACCAUCACAUUGAGAACGUUACCAUUUAUUUCCACGAGAUUUUGCUCAUCAUCAUCCGUGCAUUAGUUAAUGAUUCCGUAUUUAUCCUAACAAAGUUCACUAGGAAUCAAUUCAUAGAUGCUGUUCCAUCGUAUGUGCCUUAGUUAAAGUUAUUUAGAGCAUAUCUAUUUUCUAGCAGACGACGCAUCUUGAUUGAUACUUGUUGGAUACCUUCAAGGGAACGUAGCCUCAUCAAAGUGACAACAUGGCUUCAGCAGUUGGGCCUAAAUCGAGCGCAAAAGAUGCUCGAGAACUGUACGAAAUGAAAGAAAGGGCAAUCAAAUUUUACACAGAUAAUGGAGUACCAAAGAAGAUGGAGGAGAUCCUCAACUCAAUGUUUCAUGACAACCCAGCAGAUGUGUAUGGCCAUGUUGCAAACUAUUUUGCUGAAUUUGCAAAAUGCCCAGUAAUCACAAAGGUUCAAGCACGACAAGGGUAUGACAGCAAAGGACAGUCAACUGUGCAAACAGAAGUUUACUGCAUGAUGAAGAACCAUGAAAAACUCAUCAGUACCUGUGUUGCCCCAAGUGUGACAUCACUCCUGCUGGACACUGCAAAGCCAGAGGAGAAAGACACAGAGGAUUCAGAAAGACAGGCAUCUGUAACAGCAGCCAUCAACUACAUCAACACUGACAUCUGUAACAAGCUGGAGGGACUGGACCCAACACAGCAGACUGAGGCAGAUGAUGCUGUAUACAACUUCAUCCAGCAGAUGAAGGAUGAAGUGGAUGCCCAGAAGGCAGCAGAAGCAGCAGCAGCAGCAGAAAAUACAGAGGAGGCACCCACACAGGAUUUCAAUGAGUCUAACAAUACUAAGAAGGCCAAAUCUCCUACUGGAAAUGAGGACCCGAAAGGCAAAGGCAAAGCCAGUCAGAUAAUUAUCAUCCCUGAUGAAGCACGGGAACAGUUUGUGGAAGGCAGCUGUCUUGUGAGCGCUGUCAGUCAGGCAGUAUGUACAACUGGAGCUUCCAUCAAGGACGUCCCUCUCUACCGCUAUAUUGCCGAUCUCAAACACAAAGAAAUGCCCAACACACUACAGCUUCCAUUGCCAAUGGUGACCAUCAUACAGAGUGGGAAAGGAGCUGCAGGAAAAAUGAACUGUAUCAAGGAGUACAUGGUCAUCCCCAAACCUGGUGUCCCUCUCCGAGAGAGCAUAAACAACAUCCUGGGAAUCUACAACCAUGUCAGUAAAGCACUGUCUGUCAAAGGAGGGUUAACUGCAAGAAAUGUUAAUGACAUCGGUGCCCUCUGCCCUGUGUUUGACAAGCCUGAGCAGGGCCUGGACCUGAUCCAGGAAGCCAUGACUGCCCUGUCUCUCACCCCAGGGGAGGAUGUCAGCAUUGCCAUCAACAUAGCAGCUCACGAGAUGUUCGACUUUGACAAGGGCAAGUAUGAGGUUGUGACCGGUCAGCAGAAGACCUCUGAGGAUUAUGUGGAGUUUUUGGUGGAACUACUUGGACGCUACCCUGCCAUCAACGCUGUCAUUGACCCACUCAGGAAACAGGAUCGUGAGCAGUGGAUGCGACUGUGUGACCGUAUCUCCGUGGCUGGGUACAUCAUUGGGGACUACGGCUACCACCGCCCAGGUCUACUGAAGCACGAGGAACUGGAUGAGGACUACCAGACCAGUGGAAUCAUCCUCAGAUGGGAACAGAUGAACACGUUGUCAGAUGUCAUUGCCGUGGCCAACAAGAUGGAGGAAGCCCAGAAUCAGAUCGUUGUGACAGCUGGUCCCGGGGAAGCAAGCCAGGACAUCCUUGCUGACUUGGCUGUGGGUCUUAAUGCUCGUUUCCUGAAGCUUGGAGCACCUUGUCGUGGGGAAAGGAUAUCGAAGUUGAACCGUCUGCUGCAGAUAGAGGCAGAGCUAGAGGAGCAAGGCAUGCUGGGAUAUCACGACGCUCAUCUGUACCCUCGUAUCGAGCUACCCCCUCCACCUGUCGCCACAGAGACAGAAGCUGAAGACAGUUCUCCGUCACCAGCCAAGAAGGAAACGAAAAAGAAGUGAGGCGAUGGCAGCAGUGAAGGAUGUUCACGUGAUGUUUGACAGUAUUAGGAUGAUGUUUGCCUGGUAACUAGCUGUUCUAGAUGCUUGAUCUAGACCUUCAUGCUAGUGAAUUAUGUAAAUAUCAAGAGGUUCACUAACACCUAGGAUGACUCAUCGAGCGCAAUGAUUGAGAAGACUGUCAAAGUACUAGUGCCAAGUGAUAUGGACCACUUCUUCCAGGACAUCUCUGGUCUUACAGUUGAUAUUCGCCAGAUUCAGGGAAACCAAGGGAACAUGUAAUCAGUUUUGUUACAACUGAUAUCUUCUUACAUAAAAGAUGUAAAUAUUGAUUUUCCAAAGAAUUGACUUCUGUUCCUUCUUCUACUUGUCAUAUAUUUAUCCCUCUUUGUUUAACCUGAGCUGAUUGUACAUCUAACCAUUUUUCACUUGUCUGUGUCAUGAAUUUUGUGUUAUAUGUAGUUGAAGAUGCUUUCUGAUUUCAAUGGGGCAAGCCUGACCCUACAAUGUCUAACAAACUAGACAUCAUUAUACUAGUGUAUGAAAUUGCUAUGGUGUGGAACACUGUGUAAAAAGGAUAUAUACACUCGCCGUAUAACCUUGAUUCGUGGAUAUAAGGAAAGUGCGGUGAAAUUCAUAUUUUAAAUGCAUGAUUUCAUUUUGUAAUCGCACUGAUUAUUUUAUUCAUUGAUUCAGCAAAUUGAA